AUGGCUAUCCCAAGAGCAUUUGCUUCCCUCUCCCUCGCCCUCACCCUGCUCCUUGUGGUGGCUCCUCUUUGUUCUAUGGCCGACGAUAUACUUUACCCUGGUGAAGCACUCGGGACAGGGCGAUCCCUGACCAAUGGGAACUACACUUUAGCUAUGCAGACAGACUGCUACUUGGUGUUGUAUAACAUUUGCAACCCCAUCUGGUCCUCCAACACUAGUGGCAUGGCCACAAACUGCUACCUCACUUUCGCGUGUAACGGAAAUUUGGUCAUUUACAAGUCCGACGGCAACGCCCUGUGGUCUAACAGUAAAAGCGGGGGACAAGGCAACCAUGUUCUCGUCCUUCAUGAUGAUGGUAACGUCGUCGUGUAA